AUGUUACAGUCAAGGGUCUCAAUUUACCUUCUGAGUAUUGGCUUCCACAUACCCGACGUUGUCGGAGACCUUGGCCCCUACUUCAGAUCUAUUUCGUAUGAGCAUGCCGGCCAUGGAAAGUGGCCUCAGCAGUUCUAUUACUCUUCUGACGCCAUAGGACCCAUUCUGAACAUUCAGCGACAUUCCGACGAAUGCGACAGCGGCCAGUACACGUUUCUCAGUUUGUUAGGGUCUGAAGUCAGCUCCGCCGGCCCGAUGAUUCUCGAUGAACGCGGGAAUCUCGUAUGGACCAGUCCUUAUGGCCGAAAUUGGGGUCUGGAUGUACAGAUGCUGGAUGGCGAGCCCUAUCUGACUUUCUGCGCCUGGCCUGGACCUGGCACACACGUGACGUGCUAUAUGUUGGAUUCCGAGUACGAGGAAGCAUUCGUGAUCAGGCCGCAAAAUGGCUGGGGGGCCGAUGGCACGGAAUUCCAGAUCACCCCGCAGAGAACCGCAGUACUUACAACGUCAAUGUUCGCCCCUUAUGAUCUGAGUCCAGUGAACGGACCACGGGACGGAUGGAUUCGGGAUGUUGGAUUUCAGGAGAUUGAUUUGGAGACAGGCGCACUGCUUUUUGAGUGGCGCUGGUCCGAUCACUGGAAUAUUACCGAUGUACUGGUCGAGUUUCCCCGUGGAACCGAAGGCAGUCGUGAGGCACCAUGGGACCCAUUCCACAUCAACAGUGUUCAUAAAGACACUGCCGGCAACUAUCUUGUUUCAUCACGCCAUACCAGCACCGUUGGCUAUAUCGAUGGCAGCAGCGGAGAAUUCAUCUGGACGCUUGGAGGAAAACGGAACAUGUUUAGAGACCUCUCGAAUGGAGCAGCUACCAGCAUUAGCAUGCAGCAUCAUGCAAGAUUUCUGAAAGAGCAUUCCACCCUCACCCUAUUCAACAACGGGGUAUCUGCAGGAGGAGCGUACUACCGUUCAAAGGGAAUGGUCAUCGACCUUGACGUCCAGGCAAUGACGGCAAAGGUGCUACAGGAAUACCACAGUCCUCACAGAAUCGGCAGCGAAUCCCGCGGCUCCAUGCAGGUACUUGACAAUAACAAUGUACUACUGGGAUAUGGAGUCAAUGCUGGCUGGUCUGAAUUCUCCAUGAAUGGAGAUCUGCUUUGCGAUGCACAUUUCGGGCCAGAAUCGAGAUUUGGCGCCGAAGACGUUUUGAGCUACCGAGUCUUGAAGCGCAAUUGGAAGGGCCGUCCUAAAACGGCUCCGGAUGGCGUUCAGAGAGGAACAGGUAUUUUUGUCAGCUGGAAUGGGGCCACGGAAGUUGUCACUUGGGCGCUGCUAGCAGCUAACGCCGACAUUCGCAACUAUACUCCUCUUGUAUCUGUUCCUAAGGAAGGAUUCGAGACCCGAAUUCCAGUACCAGUCAAUCUCACAACAUCAUCUGUUCGUGCUGCUGCACUGGAUGGUCAAGGAAAUGUUCUAGGAAUUACCCGUGAUCUAGACCUGUUUCGAAAAGGGGAGCACGCCAUUCAGCCGCCUUUAGUCGUCCAGGACUGA